AAGAGAAUUUACUCCUCCUGGGCCAGUCUUCAUCUCUUUCCAGGCUGAUUGCACGGCUUUAGCUGAUCAAGGAACUCAAUCACACUCUGGCACCAGCAAUGUAUUUCCUCCGACCUUUCAACAUCUUGCUGCUGCUGCUGCUCUUAGGAGCAUGGCUGGCUUUGGCUACUGUUCCCGAGACAAGGAAUUGUGAUACAAAUUCCUGUACAGUGUUGGCUUGUGGCAACCCAGGACUCAAUGGCUUACCUGGGAGAGAUGGAAGGGACGGGGCCAAAGGAGAGAAAGGAGACCCAGGACUCCAAGUGAAGGGUCAACAAGGCUUCCCUGGGAAAGCGGGACCUCCAGGACCACAGGGAUUUCCAGGAGUCCCAGGCCAGAAAGGACAAAAAGGAGACCUGGCAGCUGUUGAUACUGUUCAAAGGCAGGUUACAGCUUUGGAAAAGACGGUCCAGACAUUACAAGCUGAACUUAGCAAAAGCAGAAAAAUCUUCACAAUGCAGGGGGUGACAACUGUUGGAGGGAAAACCUUUGUUUCAACUGGCCAGAGUGACACUUUCAUGAGUGGGAAAACUUUCUGCAGCAACUCCGGUGGAGCCCUUGCCACUCCAAAAACUGCGGCUGAGAAUGCGGCCUUGGCAGCAAUGGCCAGGAAGAAUGCCAAGCCCAUUUUUCUGGGUAUGAGUGAUCUCCAGACUGAGGGCAAGUUUGUGUAUUUGAAUGGAGAAACACUGAGGUACACCAACUGGAAGUCUGGAGAACCUAAUGAUGUGAAUAAUGAAGACUGUGUGACAAUAUCUGAAGAUGCCUUAUGGAAUGACUUAAGCUGUGACCACAAAGUACUCAUAAUUUGUGAAUUUUGAUCUAUUAACAAUGUUGCAGUUCAUAUUCCUAUGGGCAAUCAUGCAAAGAGGGGGCAAAGGGGGCAAGUGAUGUCACCUGUGUUAUGACAUCAUCACACAAUUGCUGCUCCUUGGGCCAUGACACCUUGAUGUUUGUGACAUCUUUGUGGCUUGUUAUAGAUCCCUAUCCAUGUUCUAGGAAUUGAUAAAAUAAUGACAUAAGUGCAUUGAUUUUGCUUUCCUGGCUGAAAAUGUAAUUGUUAAGACUGCUAAAACAGCACAGCAGAGGCAUUGCCUUUGUUUUUCUCCACACGUUUUGUCCCACGGUAUUAUUAUUAUUAUUAUUAUUAUUAUUAUUAUUAUUUUAAAAAGAGCUCUUGAGCAGAAUAAUAGAAAGAGCAAGUUGUAGAAUCAGUGCUUCUCUCCUAGGAUCUUCAGUCUAAAGAUCAGUUGGUAACAUCUCAGGUGUUCUGUUCAGUUCAAGCUUUGAAAUGCCCCCAAACUUCCCAGAAAUCUGAUAUGUCUGACCAUAUUAUUCAUGUCUGUUAAUAGUUUGGAAAAAUGAUUGAAGCUUUAUUUAUUCUUAGCAUUUAAGAGGACUACGGUUCUCUCUCUUUCAGAAAAUUAAAGCUCCAGUUAUAUGAUUUUUUGGCCUGCACUGGAUCCUAGUCUGGUAGACUAAUAACCAGAUCUUCCCCUUUCCUUUGCAGGUACAGAAUGGGUUUGACAUUGCUUCUGCACCAGUAAUGUUCCAUAGCCUAGGCAACAUGCAAAUUCACCCAUUACACUCGUACACACAAAGACGCAAAGACAGCCAUACAUUCUGACUUUCUACAGACUAGCAAGGGCAGUAAAACCUUGAGACAGUAGAGCUGGCCUGUUUUGGAGAACCGUUUGGCUCCUCCUUGUGGUCCCAUUCAGAAUUACACCUGCACUUCUCUAUGCAUUGUGUGAUAUGACUCCCUAUGGGGUCUGCUAGCGGUGGACCAUGAGGCCAUUCCUUCACAAUUCUGAUUCCUAAGCAGCACAGGAGAAUCAUCGUGUGCUGCUAUGACCACUGUUGGGUCUUGGCGUGGCUCCACACACACUUUGGAAUGUCAUCCCUCCAUUCUACUUUCCUAUAAUUAGAUGAUUAGAGAAGAGGGACUGAGUUAGAUAUUUUUAAAAUAUUUUACACGUUUCAUAUAGAGGACUUUUCACUUUGGCCUGAAUUGGUUAAUUGCCUGUUAGAGUGAUAAGUGGCUGAUAAACCAGCAUUCCUUAUGAAAACCAUACCUGUAUAUGCUCCAAUUGAUUGAUUAAUUAUGUGCCAGCCAGUCUUUUUCAACUCCUAGCAACCACAAAGAUAGAUUUUCUCCUGAUGAUCCAUCCCUUACUUGUUCUUUCCUGUCUCCCAUCAGUGCACUUGUUGCCACUGUGACUGAGAUAUGCUCCAAUACAAUGGUCAGAUCAUGUACCAUGAUUCAUGUGCUGUUAGAAUGCCCACUAUAUCCUAAGUGGACGGCAGAACGUAUAACACCACUUGCUAGAAACCUUAAUUGUUCUUCUGAGUAGGAGGUCAUUCCUUUCCUCCUACAAGAUCAACCUUAGAUAUUUCCAAAAAGGUUCGUUCAUUCAUUCAUUCAUUCAUUCAUUCAUUCAUUCAUUUUCUUUCUUUCUUUCUUUCUUUCUUUUUCUUUCUUUCUUUCAUAUUGUCAAAUUUCUAACAAUAGCCAUGGCUCAUAGAAGUUGCCUGGUGCCUCCUUCAUGCUACUAAUUGCUUUAGGCUUUGCUAUACAAAGUUGAUUGUUGUUUUAUACUUUAUAUUUGAUAUAUUGUUGUAUUGCUAUGUUUUUCUUUCUUUUUCUCUAUCAUCUUUCCUUCCUUCCUUCCUUCCUUCCUUCCCUCCAUCUAUCUACCUACUAUAUAUUUUUAUCAUAUCCCCUCCCUCUCUCCCUCUGUCAGACUAGGCUGAAACUGCCAUUAUCUAAAGAUGGAGCAGGCCUGUAGGCAGGGAGGACAAAAGCCAGGAAACUUGUCUAAAAGAUUCCUUCAGGGAGGUAGAUAAGAAGUGUAAGGUAUAAAAAAAUACAAUUUGUAAAUAAGCAAGGUCUAUAUAAACAUAUAAAGCAAUAUCAUAUAGAUCUUGGUUGGGGGAGAUUUUUAGGUGCAAAUACUAAUACUAGUUAAUAGCAGGGGGGGAAGCAAUAUAUGUAAAAAGUUUAAACUAGUGAGCAACACAAUGUUACACAUUUAAACUAACAAGUCAGGAAGAGAUAGUGGGAAACUCAUCAAAUGAUAAUAGCUAGCCCAAGUAAAGCUUUCGAUGUGUGAAGGCCUUGGAAUGUCCGGGAUGUCUCAAGAUAAGAAUGUCUAUUAACACAUGUAAAAUAAGGGUGAGGGUCCAGGGGAUGAGGCGGUCGGAAGAUUGUGCGUCUGAGUGCCCAGCCAAUGGGUAAACAGGCCAGAAAGGGGAGGGGGGAGGCUGGACAAGGAAAGGUAUAAGAAAGUGUGUAUUUGUAAUUUUGGGUGUGGCAUCUCUCCUUUCAAUCAGACUCUGCGUAGCCUGGUCGAGGUGCCCACCGCGCUUUGCAAACCGCUCAAUAAAGUAAGUUCCUUUUCAGAGA